UGGUUCCUUUUUUUUUUUUUUUUUGCUGAAGUUGAAUGCGGAAGACAUACAGGGAGCUCAGAAUUGCUGACAAACACUGAGCCUGAGGUACGUUUCUAAGGAUUUUGCGUGAGACCUGAAGUGUUUGACAAUAUAACAAUGUGGCCAAAUCAAGGUCCUCAUCCUCCAGUGGGCCCACCAAACCCUGCCUACCCUCCUGCCUACAGCCCUGAAAAUCCUGUUGCACCUCCAUCAGGACUCUUCCCCCAACCUCCACAGCCAACAUACCCAGGCCAUUACCCAGCUGGGCAAAACCCAGCUGGGCAAUACCCAGCUGGCAUGUACCCAGCCAUGGUACCAAAUGCACCUCCAGGGGCAAUGCCGUAUACAGCUCCAGGGCCACAUGGUUAUCCUAUGGCUCCAGGUGGAUAUCCAGUAGUCCCUCCUGCAGGUGCUCACCCAGGUCCAUACCCACACUCUCCAAAAGGCUGUCACCAUAAAGGCCAUAAAGGCCAUAAGGGCCAUAAAGGUCAUCCUCAUGGAGACUUAAAUCCCAUGGCUGGAGCAUGCGCUGGAGGAAUGGCUGGAAUUGGAAUGGGGGUGUGCGGACACAAAGCCAACAAAAAGAUGAAGAAAAAGAAAGCACAUAAGGGGCACAAACAUGGCAAGUCCUCCAGCAGCAGCAGCAGCAGCAGCAGCAGCAGCGACGAAGAGUGAGGCCACCACUUCAAGACAAGGCUUUUAAAGAAAAGUCGCUUCACAAAAGGGCAACCUGACUAUUAACAAACCAUAAACACACUAAAGUUAUACUUAUCACUUUUAACAGGAUGUCAAACUUAAAAAGGCAGAGAUUUAUCAUGGACUACCUAUUUAAACUAGAAAGGCAUGCAUAAGCUGUUGCUGUAAACAUUUCCAAAGCAUUUGGCUCUAAUUGCAUUCCAUCAUGUCUUUUUUUGUUGUUGGUAGGGUGGUGUUUAUGUCACAUGUUCCAUAGUGACAGUUUCUGUACAACUGUAAAAUUACACUACAAAUACACUUGUGUACAAAAGUACUGAAAUAAUUUUUAAAUAAAUAUGUAUUUUUUUGUUUUCUUAGGAAGUUUAACCUAGAGGUGAAGAAUGAUACAGAUAUUGAGUGAUUUUAUUUUAUUCAUGUACACUUGGUCACUACUACACAUGACUGCAGAAAUCGUUAUUCUGCAUUGCUUUGUAUCUGUACUAAUUGUGAUGAUAUAUGAAGGGUUUUAAUUGACCUCAAUAAAUAUAUUUAAAUGAAAAGUC